UCUACCGAGAAACUUUCACAGCUGAAAAAAUGAAGUCUGUCGUUGCUCUGAGUGCCAUCUUCUUGGCCGCUUUCCUGGUGGCGGGUGUGAGUGCCGAUGCCGGUCGCUCCGCCUGCAAGGAUGAGUCGGAGAUUGGCCAGACCUACACGCACCACUUCGAUGCCGCCAAGUACUGGCUGUGCGAGACCCUCGGGACUCCGGCCACCGAGGUGGACUGCCCCAAGGGACUGGCCUACAUGCACCUGCUCAAGGAGUGCAUCCCCUGGGCCAGCUACAUCUGGAAGAAGCCCGAGAUGCCACCAACUGUGGCCUAAAAUAAAUGACCCAGCCCUACAAC